AUGUUACGCGCCCUCGGGACUGAACUUUCGGAUGCCUCGUAUAAUGUAGAUCUGAAGGCACGGGCGAUGACGAACGUACGUCGGAUCGGGUUCACGCAGCUCUCGGCUAGCGACGAGUUUGCAACCGCUGCAUAUCGAGUGAAGUAUGGUGUUCACGGCCUACGAGGUCAUCCGCAGACAACAUGGGAGGACGACCGAAAACAAUCAAAGGACGACGAGCAGCUCGCAUCUUCAGGGCGGAGGUCGGGUUUCAGAUCAUUUUUCACACCUAGGCGCCGGACCGGAAAGACAAACCGUCCCCACCAACAAAGCGAUGACGCCUCAGGCGAAAAGAUUUUCUGGCCCUCCGACUAUCUUGUCGGCGACCUCCCAGACGCAAGAGUGUGGACAUAUGGCUAUGAUGCCGAUGUCAUCGGAGGGAUGUUCGAUGCCAACAACAAGAAUAGUGUAUCGCAACAUGGCCGUGACCUAGCGGUCAAACUUGAAAGGGACAUUGACAACACGGAACCAAUCAUUUUCGUUGCACAUAGCCUCGGAGGUGUCAUUGUCAAGGAUGCACUACGUCGCUCUGUAACUUGCCGUUUACGAACACGCCUUGUUGUCUUUUUGGGCACGCCUCAUCAUGGCAGUUCUUCGGCAGGAUGGGGCUUGAUCGCGUCAAACCUCGCUAGCGCUGCAUUGCAAGACUCUAACAGGACCAUACUCAGGGCACUUGAGGUGAAUAGCGAAGUGCUCGACAAUAUCCAAGAAGAAUUCCAGCGUCUGGCUUUUGAGCAACGUAUUGCAGUCCACUCUUUUCAAGAAGCCAAAGGGCUCUCGGGUGUCAAGGGACUCUCUGGAAAGGUUGUCGAUGAUUUCUCCUCCAAAAUUGGGCUGCCUCCGCCUUUGGAGACAGUUGAGAGCAUUGAUGCAAACCAUAUGCAGAUGGCAAGAUGUACGGAUAAAGAUGAUGCACAAUAUCGAGGCAUUUAUGGGGUACUGCGGCAGUUCAUCCGAAGCAGUUUACCCCAGGAGACACAUGCUGUGAAACAAUCAGGUGCAGAAGAUGCCCCAGGUGGCAGCAAUAUUUUGUUGGCCAACAGUGGCCGGGGCAUCUCUGCUCGUAAUACUCGUCCGCCGCUAUUCCUCAUACCGCUUAUGCAGAAUAGGAACUUCGUGGGGCGAUCUACAGCUCUAGAGACACUCCAAGACAAGUUCUUCGUUAGCAAAAUUUCCCAUAGAGUAGCCAUUGUUGGAUUGGGUGGAGUUGGGAAGACGCAGAUUGCAUUGCAACUUGCUUACUGGAUCAAGGCGAACUUGGGAAAUGUAUCCAUUUUGCGGCUAGGAAUUCGAACCAAGAAGGACGAGGACACCAGCGCUAAGGUGCGACAGUACCUAGAGUCUGGUCGCGCAGGCAAGUGGUUCCUGAUUUUGGAUAACGCCGAUGACAUGGACGUUUUGAACGGAUCGCCGAGCUCAGAGGGUGGUAUAAUUCGUUAUUUACCUGAGAGCGAAGAUUGUCCAAUCUUGUUCACAACACGAUCUCGGGAUGUAGCUUUGGCAGUCGCGGGUAGUGACAUUAUAGCCGUGGAGGAGAUGGACCAGAAAGAAGCAGGCGACUUUUUGGCCAAAUCGGUAAUGCAGAAGGACAGCCUUCGAGACGCAGAGGCCACUCGAGAUCUUUUGCAAGAACUCACCCAUCUGCCUCUGGCUAUCGCACAAGCGGCAGCAUAUCUCAACCGCAACCCUCAAGUAUCUAUCAAGAGAUAUCUUGAGCUGGUGAGAGGGACCGAGGACGACGCCGUAAGACUUUUGAGCAGAGAAUUCCACGAUAGCACGAGAUACCGAGGCGGACAGAAUGCUGUGGCGGCAACGUGGCUGGUGUCUUUUGACCGAAUCCGAGACGUUGAUUCUGGCGCAGCUGACCUCCUUUCAUUCAUAUCCCUCAUUGAGCCAAGGGCGAUCCCUCGAUCACUGCUUCCCCAGAAACAAGCGGCUGUGGAAAUGGAAAGCUCUAUUGGUACCUUAUGCGGCUAUGCGUUCCUUGUCAGCCGUGACGAUGGAACUACUUACGAUAUGCACAGGCUGGUGCAUAUCGCCUCGAAGAUGUGGAAUAGAGAAGAGCAUCAACUGCAGCGGAUGAAGCUCGAUAGCAUUCUACACAUGGCCGAAGUAUUCCCAGGCAAUGAUCCAGCACACCGUCGCUUAUGGAGAACAUACUUACCACACGCAAUUCGGUUAUUGCAAGAGACACACGACGUUGAAAUCGAACAGAAGUUUCUCCUUCUUGGUCUAGUCGCAGGGGCGUUGCAUGAGGACCGGCGAGUUGCGGAAGCUUUGAAGUAUUAUCUGAUAAUCCACGGGUACAGAGCUAGGUACCUCCCUGAAACCGACCGGAAGCUGGUACAAGCCAAGAAAGACCUUGCCGGCGCAUACACGAACAGCAGAAGGAGUAGAAAAGGAAUGGCGAUAUUGAAGCCCUUGGUAGAAGUCUGCAGAGUGACCUUUGGCGAAGAAGACCUUCUGAGAUUAGAUUCAGAACAUGAACUCGCCUCGGCCUAUCUCGACAACGGGCAGGAGACGGAGGCGAUAGAAAUUCUCGAACACGUGGUGAAGGUGACCGGUCGGACGCUGGAAGAGAACAGUCGCCAGCGUCUAGCAUCGCAAUACAUGCUGGCACGUGCAUAUCUCGAGACCAGCCGAGUCGGCGAGGCGAUAGCUCUGUUGGAAUACGUCGUCGGAAUCAUCAGUCGGACGCUGGCCUUGGAUGAUCCCAACCGACUGUUGGCGCAGUAUGAGCUUGGAAGGGCCUACCUCGGAGGAGGGCAGAUUACAAAGGCAAUCGAAAUUCUAGAGCACGUCGUGGCUCUAGAAGCGGACUUUAUGGAUGCUGAUGAUUCCAGUCGACUGUUGACAUUAUAUUGGCUGGGAAGUGCAUACGUUGAAGGAGGCAAGAUUAAAGAGGCGGUCGAGAUUCUGGAGCAUGUUGUGGCUGUGGAAGCGGGCUUGCUGGAUGCGGAUGACACCGAAAGACAGGCCUCCGUCAGAUUAUUGGAAACCGCACGUGCAAGGGAAUUGGCGGCGCGUUCUCCUGAUAGAGACUAUGCGUCGUAG